AUGCUGCUGCUGAAAGCCUACCCCAAGACAAACAAGGAUCUGGAGAGGAAUGUGCUGCUGGCCACCUACGGCUACUCCCAGCUCUCGCAGCAAGCCGCAUCAGCACCUCAGUCUGAUGAAGGCUCUGACAUAGAUUCUGAACCAGAUUUACCUUUAAAAAGAAAACAGCGUCGCAGCAGGACGACCUUCACAGCAGAGCAACUGGAAGAGCUGGAAAGAGCUUUCGAGAGGACACACUACCCUGAUAUUUAUACUAGGGAAGAACUUGCACAAAGGGCCAAGCUGACAGAGGCUCGUGUCCAGGUCUGGUUUAGUAAUCGGCGUGCUAGAUGGAGGAAACAGGCAGGAGCCAAUCAGCUGAUGGCCUUCAACCAUCUGAUCCCAGGAGGAUUCCCACCCAGUGCCAUGCCAACUUUGCCGACAUACCAGCUCUCUGAGCCCUCCUAUCAACCCACCUCCAUACCGCAAGCUGUGUCUGAUCCCAGCAGCACUGUCCACAGACCUCAGCCUCUUCCUCCAAGCACUGUACACCAAAGCAGUCUCCCUUCAAAUCCAGAGAGCAGCUCUGCCUAUUGCCUCCCCAGCAGCAGGCAUGGAUUUUCCAGCUAUACAGACAGCUUUGUGCCUCCGUCCGGGCCCUCGAAUCCCAUGAACCCUGCCAUUGGCAAUGGCCUUUCACCUCAGGUAAUGGGCCUCCUGACUAACCACGGUGGUGUGCCUCACCAGCCCCAAACUGAUUAUGCCCUGUCCCCUUUAACUGGGGGCCUGGAGCCCACCACCACUGUCUCAGCCAGCUGCAGCCAGCGAUUAGAUCACAUGAAGAGUUUAGACAGCCUGCCAACAUCCCAGUCCUACUGCCCACCAACCUACAGCACCACCGGCUACAGCAUGGACCCUGUCACAGGCUACCAGUACGGACAGUACGGACAAAGUGCCUUUCAUUAUCUGAAGCCAGAUAUUGCAUAAAUGAACUGUCCACUUCAAGCUAAAGCUGGUCUUGUUUUCCGGUCUCACCCCAAAGCUUGGAUACGAGGGAUCUUCUCAACACACUGCAAUCUAAACUGGGGCAGUCCCGCUGAGAGAAGCAGGCUUGUUGUGUUCUCUCCAGUCAUAGCUUUUAGUUGACUUUUGAAGGCUGGACAAAGCUACACAGAAGACAAAGGCCAAAAGCAAUAAUGAAUAAGUAAAUGCGCCACGGUUCAUUGUAACAGGCUACACAAAAGAGAGCAAAACAUUCCAGUUUUUGUUGUUGAGAUUAAUGUGCAUUGAUUGGGACAAAUGGAACAUUCUGAAACUUGGAGCAGUUGAGCUCUGCCUACUCUGACUCAUCUGACAGCCAGUGCUGACUUCGACUUCAAACCCGCCCGGUUUCUGCAGCGAGGGCGGGAGGAACUCUUUCUGGUUUACACACUGGAAGCUGUCACCACGAGGCAAUGCCACAGUCCAGAGGAAGCUAGGAUGAGUGCAAAGGACUUCCAGACCAACUGACUGGUUGCCUUACUGUGUGUUUGUAAUCAUCUUGUCAAUAAAUGUCACGAGUUU